CAACGCUGGGCACAUGAGGAGCAGUGGUUAGCGACGGAUCCUGAAGUUGUUCUCUAACGGAUCAGUUUAAUUUGAGCGUGUGUGUGUAGUGUGCACAUCAGGAGUUGUUAUGGGCAAGAAUAAGCCAGGAGGAGGAGUGGGCAAGUCCCUGAUCAAAGAGAGGCUCCAGGCGGGCAAAGGAAAGAAGAGGGGUGACUGCUGGCGCCACACCAGUGAGCUGAACGAUGGCUACGACUGGGGGCGGCUGAACCUGCAGUCGGUGACAGAGCAGAGCUCCAUGGAUGACUUCCUUGCCACCGCAGAAAUGGCCGGAACUGAGUUUGUUGCAGAGAAACUCAACAUCCACUUUGUGCCAGCGGCGGCCAGAGCCGGUCUGUUAACAGCUGAGGAGAAAACCAAUCUGAAGAAGCUGCAUGAAGACAACAAGCAUUUCCUCAGAAUUCCCCGACGCCCCCACUGGGAUGAAAGCACCAGCGCAGUUGAACUUCAGACGGCAGAGAAAGAAAGCUUCUUGGAGUGGAGACGAGAGCUUGCAGCUCUGGAAGAAGAGCAGAAGCUAUUUCUCACACCAUUUGAGAGGAAUCUGCAGUUCUGGAGACAGCUGUGGAGAGUGAUCGAGAGGAGUGAUGUUGUCGUUCAAAUUGUUGACGCCAGAAAUCCCCUGCUGUUCAGAUGUCCUGACCUGGAGUUAUAUGUAAAGGAAGUGUCCGGGGAUAAGGUGAACAUGCUGCUUGUGAACAAGGCCGAUCUGCUGACCAGGGAGCAGAGGCGAGCGUGGGCCAAACACUUUGAGAAAGACGGGAUGAGGGCCGUUUUCUGGUCGGCCCUGGCUGAGAGCAACAGGCUGGAUGCAGAGGAGAAGGGUUUGGCAGCAGAGAGCAUGGAAGUGGAGGAGCCGGAGUGUGGAGAGAGUGACGAGGAAGAGGACAGCAAGCCGGACAAUGAAGUCUUGAGCCAAAAAGGAGCGGAUGGAAAGGAGAAAGUGAAGACUGAGGAGGAGGGAGAUGAGAGUAGUUCAGAGGAUGAGGAGCAGGAAAAGAUAACCGUGGCUGAUGAGGAGUGGUUCACCUGCUCAGAAGACGGGUAUGAAGACGACGAGAGGGCUGGCGGUUCAUCCAGUGAGUCCUCAUUCCACAAUUCCAGCCGCCUCCUGCAUAAAGAUGAGCUGCUGGAGAUAUUUAAGGCUGUUCACAACGGGCCCAGGUUGAAAGAAGGAGAACUGACCGUGGGACUGGUUGGCUAUCCUAAUGUGGGAAAGAGUUCCACCAUCAACACAAUUUUUAGGAACAAGAAGGUGUCGGUUUCUGCUACUCCUGGACACACAAAGCACUUUCAGACCCUGUUUGUGGAGCCUGGCCUGUGCCUCUGUGACUGCCCAGGUCUGGUCAUGCCCUCCUUUGUCUCUACCAAAGCUGAGAUGAUCUGCUCUGGGAUCCUGUCCAUCGAUCAGAUGAGAGACCACGUACCUGCCGUCUCUCUUAUAUGUCAGUCAGUCCCUCGGCAUGUGCUGGAAGGCACCUAUGGCUUCAACAUAAUCCGACCACGAGAAGAUGAAGAUCCGGACAGGAACUCGUCCUCUGAAGAGCUGCUGAUGGCUUAUGGAUACAUGAGAGGUUUCAUGACGGCCCAUGGCCAGCCUGAUCAGCCCAGAUCGUCCCGCUACAUCCUGAAGGAUUUUGUCAACGGAAAGCUUCUGUACUGCCAUCCUCCUCCACAUAUAAAUCCUAAAGACUUCCAGCCACAGCACGACAAGUUCCAGAAUACAGCUUUAGAAGAAUGUGACUUUUCCACGUCAACACACAAACAUCACAAGAUCAAGAGAAUAGAAAAUUCGGUUGACAAGAACUUCUUCAAUCAGGACAACGUGCGGGCUCUCACCAAGGGCGUUCAGUCAGUCAUGGGCUACAAACCAGGCAGUGGACCUGUCAGCCGAAGUAAAACCGAAUCAGAGGUGCCGGUUGGCAAACCCUGGAAAAAGCACGGUAACAAGAACAAGAAGGAGAAAGUACGCCGGCUCACAGGCCAUCUGGACGCCUGACGGUGAUCUAGAAAAUGAGCAUUUUCACUUGCAGAUCCUUUUUAAGCAAGAAUGGGGGAGAAAUAAUCCAAUGUACAAUUCACAUGUGAUUCCAAGGGAAUUGAGCAGUAUUUGUUAAGAUUUACACUUUGGCCACUUAAUCCUGUGAGAAUGGAAAGGUCAGGCUGUUGUGAUAUAAACUAAAGAGGAGCAUAAUCUGUCAAGGACUGUUGUGUUUGUUAGGAUUGUUUUGGUGCAGUGCAUUCCAUCAUCUGGAUCACCAGUUGAACAACAGAGCUCACCACAGUGUUUGGAAAUCGUGUGAAAUUAGUUAAAAAUAAAGACAUUUUCAAGUCUUUAUGAAUUGACUGUAUGUUGGAUACAUCUUUUAACCACAUGUUGUGAUUGACAAAUGUAAAGAAGCUGGAUCAUAGAAUAAAAUCAAUGUUUUCACGCUA